GAGACAGAGAGGAGUGAAGGGACUCAGGACCUGAUUCACUCCAACAGAUAUUUAAACUCUUCUCCUUCUUCUUCUCCUUCUCCUUCUUCCUCUUCCUCUUCCUCCUCUUCCUCAGCAUGUCGGUUCUUCCCCUGCGUGUGAGAAUGCUGCGGAGGGUCUGGAGCUGGAGGGGGGUCGCGGUCCUGGUCUGCAGCCCCUUCCUGCUGCUGCCGCUGGCCCUCAGCACCACGGAGGCAGCCUGUGCCUAUGUGAUACUCCUCAUGGCGGUGUACUGGUGCACAGAGGUUCUGCCGCUGGCGGUGACGGCGUUGCUGCCAACCAUCCUGUUCCCUGUGCUGGGCAUCAUGGAGUCCAAAGAUGUGUGCAUGCAGUACCUGAAGGACACCAACAUGCUGUUUAUGGGGGGGCUGAUGGUGGCUGUGGCCGUGGAGCACUGGAACCUCCACAAACGCAUCGCGCUGCGGGUCCUGCUGCUGGUGGGGGUCCGGCCCGCCCUGUUGAUGCUGGGCUUCAUGGGAGUCACCGCCUUCCUCUCCAUGUGGAUCAGCAACACGGCCACCACCGCCAUGAUGGUGCCCAUCGUGCAGGCCGUCCUGCAGCAGUUGCACGGGAACCAGGACCCUGAACCAUCCAGCGAGGCCCGGAGGAGGAGGGUCGACCAGAACCACCAGGAGAAACCCACCAGCAACGGCCUGGAGAACGGUCAGAACAGAGCAACAUUAUCACAAAGCAGCGCUGAGAACUCCAGCGACCCACAAGACCAGCUGUCCUCUGAGGAGAAGGCUUCAUCGGCGGUCCAGACGGACAGUCCGACCCCGCAGGGCAAACUUCCGUCAGAGGGCGCCAACACCGGGACUGUGCUGCCGGAGAGCGUCUGCUGUCAGAUGGAGCUGGAGGAGGUGAGCGAUGAAGACGAGGAGAAGAGCAGGAUGAGUAAAGGCCUCCUGCUGAGCGUUUGCUACGCCGCGAGCAUCGGAGGCAUCGCCACGCUGACUGGCACCGGACCCAACCUGGUGCUGAUGGGACAGAUGAGCCAACUCUUCCCUCAGAAUGGAGAUGUAAUCAACUUUGCCUCCUGGUUCGUGUUCGCCUUCCCCACCAUGUUGCUGACGCUGACGCUCGCCUGGUUCUGGCUGCAAUUCCUCUUCAUCGGCUGCAAUCUGCGCAGGACAUGGGGCUGCGGGGCGGCGCAGUCGGAGAAGGAGCGUUCAGCGUACGAAGUGAUGCAGGUGGAGUACCGGCACCUGGGCCCGGUGAGUUAUGGAGAGCUCAGCGUUCUGGCGCUGCUCAUCCUGAUGGUGGCGCUGUGGUUCACCAGAGACCCGCGCUUCGUGGACGGCUGGGCCACGCACGUGUUCAACGCCAAGGCCGAGUUCGUCACGGAUGCGACGGUCGCUCUGUUUGUCGCCGUCUUGCUGUUCGUUCUUCCCUCCCAGCCACCGCGAUUCCUCUGCUUCAGGAGGAGCUUUGACACAGAGUCCACUGUGCCCCCUGGCCCCGCCCCCGCACUGCUCACCUGGCAGGUGACUCAGAGGAAGAUGCCUUGGAACAUCAUGCUGCUGCUGGGAGGCGGCUUCGCUCUCGCCAAAGGCAGUGAGGAGUCCGGUCUCUCACUGUGGCUCGGGGAUCAGAUGACCCCCCUGCAGUCAAUCCCGCCGGCAGCCAUCUCUAUCGUCCUCUGCCUCCUCGUCGCCACCUUCACAGAGUGCACCAGCAACGUUGCCACGGCAACGCUCUUCCUGCCCAUCCUCGCCUCCAUGUCCCAGUCCAUCAGUCUGAACCCGCUCUACGUGAUGAUCCCCUGCACGCUCAGCGCCUCCUUCGCCUUCAUGCUGCCGGUAGCGACCCCCCCCAAUGCCAUCGUCUUCUCCUCCGGGUUCCUCAAAGUCUCCGACAUGGCCAAGGCCGGCGUUGUGAUGAACAUCCUCGGGAUCGGCUGCAUCAGCCUGGCCAUCAACACCUGGGGGUAUGUGAUCUUCGGACUUGACACGUUCCCCUCUUGGGCCAACGCCACAGCUCCGGUGUAGAACCAAUAACCUCCCUCUACAGGUUCAGCACCUGUUUUACCUGUCCACAGUGCGGCCUCUGAGCCAAUAGAAACGCUUGGUUUGGAGUUUCUCACUGGAGUUUUCUAACGUUUUAAACCUGUUACCAAAAUCGAACUACAAUCGUAACUCAAACUCGUCAUGGUGGGUUUAACGAGUAAACAGAAAAAUGACUCGAGUCCUAGAUAAGAAAAUACAAUCUUUUACUUUGGCGGGGUUUCUGCAGGAAGUAGACGACAAACAGCGACAUCAGAAGUAUAAAAUAAACUAAAAUGCAGUUUUGUGUUUGUUUAUUUAUUUAUUUGAAAUCCUAGAAAACGCUAUAAUCAAUUAUUUUUGCACUAACACUUUUUAAUGACAUUUUAUUUUGUUAAACUUCUAUCAUAUAGGUUUUUCAAAUUAAAAGCGCACAACCAAAAAUGACUUCAUACCUCAGAACACUUUCUAUAAAUAACAUCAGUACUAUUUUUACAAACUACUCACUUCUUCUUUGCCGUUUCUUUAAAUCAACAUUGAGGUACUGUUUAGCAGGUUUUCAAAGUAAAAGCUUUGGAGCAAAAGGGUACUCACAAGAAAACAGUUUUAAAUAAUCCCACAGAAACAUGAAUGUUUCAGAAGUGAAGAUUAAUUUAAAAUCGAAGCACAGACUAUGAAGAGUCCCAAAAGGAACCUAACUUCACAUCACGCAUCUCAGGAGACACAAAGCACUACUGUCCAGUAGGUUUCUCAAAUUAAAAGCAUGCACUUAGUAACAGGAGGGAUUAUUUAGUUGGAAAUGUUUUCAUUUAAAAUAUGUCCUAAAAAUUCAAUAAUUUGGGAAGAAAAUGUGUAUUAUAUUGAAUUUAUCAAACAUGAACAAAGGCUGUUAACAAUUGUUAUUUUGCAUCAAUAACAAAUUAGAUGAUCAAUAAAUUCAUCUUUUUAUUGUUUUACUACAAUUUAAUAUUUGUGUUGUCUUUAAUAAAAGUCUGAUCUCUUAGAACUACAUUUCCGACUUAAAACUAAAAGCAUUCACGUUUUACUUUAAUUAUUAUUUGCUUAUCUAACAACUGUCCAUCUCCUGUCCCUGUGACUUGGAAUUAUUGUAGGUAAUUAGAGCAUUUUCUGUGUGUUUUCUAAUGCUUUGUAUUUAAGGUUGGCAUUAAACAACAUGUUUGUGAGUGUGUUCUGUACAUACAUGACCUCCAGAGUUUUGUACCUUCUUGCUGCUAACAGUUUUUAUUUGUUGUUAAUAAAAGACUUUAAAAACA